AGCUCCGUGUGGUGGGAAUUAGCUUGACUUUUUUUGACUGACCGAGAGGCUGGUUGUCUUGGCAACAUAUAUACAGCACCAGUCAGCUGCAGAAAAGCGAGUAUUCUGUUGCUAAGGUUAAUUAAAGGUUUCUUUUUUUUCUACUUUGUACCGUUGUGCUCUAUUUUGACAAGGCUAAAUAGCUUGUUGGUCAAGUCAUUAAACAGCACUCUUUUCGCAAUGCCAGGGCCUAACGUCGCAGCAUCAAUGAGAAAGGGGUCAACUGUUCAGAAGGUAACUUUACCUGGUGCAAAGUCAACCAAAGCUGCAAAUAAGAAAAAGGAUGAGGAAGAGGGAGUGGAUACGGGUGAUGGAUGGGACGAGUGGUCCGGGAAAGCACUUAUUAAGCCUCCAGAUCAACUGGAGCUCACUGAGGCUGAGCUGAAAGAGGAAACCACAAGGAUCCUCACUGCAAACAACCCAUAUGCCCCCCAAAAUAUUGUCCGCUUCAGCUUUAAGGAACGUUCCUACAAGCAAACCAGUGUUGUGGAUCAGAUGGCUGUUCACUUUGUGAUGGAGGGCAGCCUCCUGCAUCAAGACUCUGAUGAGGCUCGUAGACUGAGGGCCAAGGAGGGUCUCCCUGACGAGACUGCAACCGUUGACACUGGAACAGAACCGGAUGUGGAGAAACCAGAAACCCCGGCAACACCUGUAGAGGAUGGAGGGGAGGAAGCUGGAGAAGAGGACAGACCAGACAGUGUUGCAUCCAAAACUGAAAGGAAGGAGCCAAAAGUUUCUAACCAGUUCAACUUUAGUGAGAGGGCAUCCCAGACCCUCAAUAACCCACUGAGGGAAAGAAGCUGCCAGACUGAACCUCCUCCACGCAGCAACUUCUCUGAUACUGCUAAUCAGUGGGAGAUCUAUGAUGCAUAUGUGAAGGAGCUACAGCAACAAGAAAAAAGUAAAGAGAAGCAGAAAGCUCUAGCUUCAAAGAACGAUAAUGACAAAAGCAAGAAGAAGAUGGCGCUGAUGGAGAUUCAGAAUGAUGACAUCUCCAAAGUGGGAAAGGCAUCCAAGAUCUUUGAACGAAUGGUCAAUCAGAAUACCUUCGAUGACAUAGCACAAGAUUUCAAAUACUUUGAGGAUGCGUCUGAUGAGUUCAGGGACCAGGAGGGCACACUUCUCCCUUUGUGGAAGUUUCAAUAUGACAAAGCUAAAAGACUGUCUGUCACUGCCCUCUGCUGGAACAAAAAAUAUCAGGACCUUUUUGCUGUGGGAAUGGGAUCAUACGACUUCACUAAGCAGGGGCGUGGCAUGCUUGUCUACUACUCAUUGAAGAAUUCUGCCUUCCCAGAGUUCAUUUACCCCACAGAUUCUGGCAUCCUAUGCCUCGACAUCCAUGAGCAACAUUCCUACCUGGUGGCAGUAGGCUUCUAUAACGGCUGUGUGGCUGUCUACAACUUGAAAGAGGAGGGACUGGAACCUCUCUACAAGAGUACAGCAAAGACUGGCAAGCACACAGACCCCGUGUGGCAGGUGCGCUGGCAGAAUGAUGACAUGGACAAUAACCACAAUUUCUAUUCUGUGUCAUCUGAUGGCCGAGUUGUGUCCUGGACACUCGUCAAGAAUGAGCUGGUCUUUACCGACGUUAUCAGACUGUCAUUAAAUGGUGCUGUCUCUGAUGGGCCAGAGGGUGCAGAGCAACCUGGCAUCACCUGUGGUACAUCGUUUGACUUUCACAAACAGAUCGACUAUCUCUUCUUAGUUGGCACCGAGGAAGGGAAAAUACACAAGUGCUCCAAGACCUACUCAAGCCAGUUCCUAGAGACAUAUGAUGCCCACAGCAUGGCAGUGGAUGCUGUAAAGUGGAACCACUUCCACCCAAAGGUUUUUAUCUCUUGCAGUUCAGACUGGACCGUCAAGAUCUGGGACCAUGCCAUCAACACUCCAAUGUUCACCUUUGAUCUGAAUGCAGCUGUUGGUGAUGUUGCCUGGUCUCCAUACUCCUCCACUGUAUUCGCUGCUGUCACUACAGAUGGAACAGUUCAUGUCUUUGACCUCAACAUCAACAAAUAUGAGGCCAUCUGCCAGCAGCCCGUGGUGGCCAAAAAGAAGACCAAGCUGACUCACAUUGAGUUUAAUCCCAUCUAUCCUAUCGUCAUAGUGGGCGAUGACCGAGGCUAUGUCAGCAGCCUCAAACUCUCCCCUAACCUCCGCAAGAAACCCAAGUACAAGAAAGGUCAGGAGCAGCCUAAAGGUCCAGAAGUGGAAGUAGCCAAGAUGGAGAAGCUCCUAAGUCUGCUAAGGGAACCAGAACAAAGCCCAAAUUAAUGCAGCCACCGAGUCUCCCCAACAGGGCAACAUGGUCCAAUCUUUUAUUCUCUUUAAUGAAAGAAAACAAAUUCCCUUCUACUCAAUGUUUGCAACAAUAAACAGCAUCAACAUAACAAGAAAGCUAUGUAUAUGUUUAUUAAAACUGUUUUCGUCUGAUCUCUCUUAAACAUGUCAUAUGUAAUUUUCUCUUUACAUAACCAUGAACAUGGACUUUUUAUGUUUUCCAAGUUG